AUGAAAACUGCGACGCAAUUUUCCGCCGUUCGCCAGGACGCUGAUGACGAUGCACGAAGGAGCGCCGAACUGCUCGCCAUGGCCGACAACCACAGCGACGCCAAGUCCGAAUCGCCCCACGAAUGGCCUCAAAAACAUCCCAGGACGACAUUCUCCGAGAAGUGGUCACCUUUCCCUUGGCGAGUAACUGUUAUCUUGUUGGCGCUCCCUCUUGCGCUCGCCUGCAUUGUCGGUCUCGCUGCGGCGGCAGAAACGGUAUCGCAGGGCUACAUCAUGGGACGAGACUGUUACCCGAACGGCCUUUGGAAAGAAGCCACCGGAGCAACAUGGCGCAUCAUGGAUUCCUCCUACUUCUUUACACCGAAUUUGAGCUUCGGUGCUCUCACCUUUACGCAGGUGAAAGUCAUAGAUGUCGCAUGGGACCUGAUUAUUGGAAGAGGCGGACAGCUCUUGUUGGCAUGGGUGAAUUACCGCGUCUUCAACGAGUGGCUGGUAUAUCACAUGGAGAUGCAUCACACGUCUUACAAAUUAUACGCUGCUGUAGCCUUCGAGACAACAAGCAUGGCCACCCUCGGCGUACUGGGAAAAGAGUUCUUGGCUUAUGGGGCGGGCACCUGGAAGCGUUUUUUCCGUUGGCUCGCUAUCUUGUCGAUGCUGCUUUCCACUCUCUAUGCCAUCGCGUUCCCAACGCUGAUGGCAGCAAUGACGGGUUAUAUUACGACUUACAAACCUUACAUCGAAGAUAUCGAUGGUAAUCUCAUGGAAUGGAGCAAGGCCAAGGACGUGGCUUAUAUCAUUCAGGACGCGGACAGGGUGGGCUUGAAAGCUCCUCUCAUCGUCACAGCGGAUGAUCAGCCGCUGAUUGAUGCUAUUCACCAUUACUUUAUAUUCGACGGCGAAAAGACAUCUACGCCGUCAACAUCUUACAGCCUGGAUAUCUUCAGCUUCAACCUCACACUUCAUGGACUUGACUCCGGAAAGAAGCUCAGCGAAUAUCCUGAAUCUCAAUACGCCUUUGAGAAAAGACCAGAUGCAAACCACUCUUACAUGGGGUAUUACUUACUGGACCACGGAUCUUGCAAGCCUAGCGAAACGUACCAAUGGGGCUUCUCCUACAUCUUCCUCUUCAUGGUAUCGAUAUUCAACUUCGUCUGGGUCUGCAUCAUGGUCGGUAUGUGGCUCGAUACACGACGCGGAUCUAUGAUGUAUAGGAGUGGAAGGAGGCCGGGGCUUUUGCGCAGCAUUAUGGAUUACUCGGCUGCGAUACGGGAGGAGUUGGGUAAUGAGGCGAAUUACCUAGAGGAGGAUGAGCUGAGGAAACGGUUGACGCAGAGUAGGGGCGCGCUCGUUGUGGAGAAGAGGGAGCUUAGGGUGACGAGGACGAGUACGGGGGAGAUGACGAAGAGGGGUUGGAAGCGCGGUUUGACGAGUGGGAGCACGUUUUGA